GUGACGGCCACGAACCUGUCACACUCUCUGAGGAAGUUCUCUAUGAGGGAUUGGGGCAUAGAACAGAAGUGGAUGUCCAUCCUGCUCCCUAUGCUGUUGCUCUACAAUGAUCCAUUUUUCCCGCUGUCAUUCCUGGUGAACAGCUGGUUUCCAGGGACGUUAGACACUUUCUUCCAGGCUCUGUUCCUGUGUGCGCUGCUGCUCUUCUGGCUCUGUGUUUACCAUGUUCAGGGGGAGAGGAAAUGUCUGACGUUCUACUUGCCGAAGCUGAUAAUUGUAGGUUUUCUGUGGCUGUCGGCGGUUACACUGGGCAUUUGGCAAACGGUUAAUGAACUCCAAGACCCUACCUAUCAGUAUAAAGUGGACAUAGUGAACUUUCAGGGCAUGAAGGUCUUCUUCCUGAUCGUAGUUGCCCUCUACAUCCUCUACCUGAUUUUCCUGGUCGUCAGAGCUUGUUCUGAACUCAAGAACAUGCCUUACUCUGAUCUCCGGCUCAGGUUUUUGACAGCUCUGACGUUUGUGGUCCUUGUUAUAAGCAUGGUCAUCCUCUACCUGAGGUUUGGUGCCAAGGCUCUCCAAGACAACUUUGUUGCUGAACUGUCGACGCAUUACCAAAACUCAGCUGAAUUUUUAUCAUUCUAUGGUCUACUCAAUUUUUACUUGUAUACAUUGGCAUUUGUGUAUUCUCCCUCCAAAAAUGCACUUUAUGACUCCCAGUUGAAGGAUAAUCCUGCUUUCUCCAUGCUAAAUGACUCAGAUGAUGAAGUAAUAUAUGGGAGUGAUUAUGAAGACAUGCCUUUACGAAACGGACGUGCUAUCAAAGCAACCGCCAAGUACCAGGAUGAGUGUGACAGGUUCGUGGCCGUCACCGCGCUCACAGCGAGUGGCGUCAAUCCCCCCGCCGCUCGUUGGUGA